AAAAGCCAUGUUCCAAACGGCUUUAUAUUUUCAAGCAAUUUCAGUGGUAAAAUAAUAUCAUCAACUAGGUUGUUGGUGUAAAAUUAUUACUGAAUAUAAUUUCUUAUAAGAUAUGUGCUAAUUGUAUCUCGACAGGCAAAUUAAUUUUGAUAUAUUACAAUGCCCCGAGGCGGUCGGCCUAUCAACAAAGCGUAUCGAAAAACAUAACGCUGUGCUCGCCCAUCAUGUAUUUCGUGACAUUAUGGAGAAGUACCUACAAGCCUACUAUGGAUUCACAAAAAAAUUGGAAAAGGAACAUGGGAUAUUCUAAUUAAUAAAACAGGUUGAUGUUUCUUCUGGAGAUGAGGAUUGAUGGGAUGCAGUUGUGAGUGUUAGCAAAUAUUUCUUAUCGUUCAUCUCUCCGCGCACUGACCUAGAAAUUGCUGACAUCACUGCAACGUACACAAGAGAGGCGAAACAAACAUGGCGAACUCUGGGAUUCUACUGUGUUUUUGUACCAUCAUAUGGACUGUGAGUUGUCAAAUGGAAACGGCAAUACAAUCAUCUGGUGUUGACAAUACACAGUUCGAGAAUGUUACACAACAAAGUAGUUCAGCAUAUUUACCCAACGGAUGGGAUGAGUUCUGUAAACUGAAAAACGACAGUACUGAUAGAAUUAAGUUUUACCUUUGUGAUAUUAAGGUUCAAUUCUCGGGAAAAUGGAAUUUUCUUCAAUUGAAAGACCACAUUGCCAACAAAUCAGUGAAAUAUAAAUUUGACAUCCGUUGUGAUUAUCCAGCAAACAUUUCAGUGCAGUGGCCAUUGAAGGCAAAAAAUCUUCUUCGCCUAAAAGCUGAAAAUUGCGAAUUGGAACAUUACCUAAGGGGAUAUUCAAAUAUGAACACAUCAAACAUUCCGGAUGAACUUGAGUAUAUUCAAUUUGAAAAUUGUAUUAUCAUUAUCGACAUUUUCGACAUGUUAAAAAUUGCUGGGAAUAUCUCAGAACUAGAGAAAGAUUUCAAUUGUGGGCACGAAGAAACCGUGGAAUAUUACAUAUUCAAAAAUAAUAGUUAUGGCUUUGGUAAUUCCGUAGAAAAUUUUCUUUCUACACAGUAUAACAACAAUGUGAGUUCUAUGAAUGCUGAUAUAGUAAACAAGGGCUCAGAAAUGUUACCAAAAGCUCGACUUAUUAAACAUAAGUGUAUAUACAGAAAACUUUUAUAUGUGGACUUGAGUGUCAAUCAUCAGACAUCAAAAUUCCAUACUGAACUCGGAACAGAGAAUUCAAUGUUUCCAGAACUGAGAAUUUUUAAUUUAUCGAAAACAAUGCUUCCAAACCUAGCAGAAGCUCACAGAAAAUGGUACAGGUAUUUUCCCAAGCUAGAAGUUAUGGAUCUUUCGUACAACCUGUUUACUGAGCUGGAGUUUGAUCCGUCUGCAGAUGCUUGGGACGUACCUCGGCUGACGAUGAACAUGUCUCAUAACAAUGUAACAGAAUUGAAAGUAGCCAAACUCGAGGAGCUUGUGAAUAUGGAAAAGUUGUUCAUCGAUUUCAGUGACAAUCCGUUAAACUGUACAUGCACCGAAGAGACGAGACAACUGAUUACCUUUAUAAACGAUCAAUCAAAAUGGAGCCAACCAAAGUAUCAAAGAUACAACUUCAUGAAGGAUAUGGAAUGUAAAUAUCCCAAAGAAAUUCAAGGAAAAAGACUAGCUGACCUGACAACAAAGGAUCUGAAUUGUAAACUAGAGCUUCUGGAGAAGAUAGCAGUAGAAGCCGUGGUGUUCUUGAGUCUGUUGUCUGUGGUUCUUAUAAUUGUAAUCAUAAUUUUGCUGAAGUUCCGACGAGAGAUAAGAAUAUUGACCUAUACAAGAUUCAAUAUUAUUCUACCGUGUCAACCGAUUGAAACAUACGAAAACAAGAAGUUUGAUGCAUUUGUUUCCUACAGUAACCAUGAUCAAGAUUGGGUCACAAGUGUGUUUGAACACGCGGCGCCUAAUAGCCCACUGAGUAACUUUAAAUUCUGUUUGCACCACAAGGACUUCAUGCCAGGAAAAACAAUAUUUGACAAUGUAAUUGACUGUGUAGAAGCCAGUCGCCAUACAGUUAUUGUCCUAUCAAAGCAUUUUUUGAACAGUCACUAUUGUAUGUACGAAUUUCAUGAGGCAUUUCAGCAGAGCAUUUACGAGAGGAAAAGACAUUUGUUGGUUAUCAUGAUGGAAGAUAUUCCAAUGAAUGAUUUGCCCAAUGAUUUAAAGCGAUGUUUGAAGACAUUCACAUACAUUCGGAAAGAUGAUAGUAUAUUUGUUGAUAGACUUGUUUAUGCCUUGUCAUACAAGGGUCAAAAGGCCAUGCUGUUGGAUAGUCGGUGCCGGAGCGCCGCCUAUUCAAAUCAAACCUCAUGUGAAACCGACAUAACUGAGGUCGGAAGUGACGGAAACUCGAGCCCGAUAUCUAUUAUUGAUCGAAGUAAUAUAUUCCCAAACAUAAUCAAUGAAAAAGACAUUGUAAGUGUAAAAAAUGAGAAAAACAACAUUUUAUGAUUUGAUGAAAUAACGUUCUUGCAAAUGUUGGCAUGAGAACUCGAAUACGAUCUCUGCCAUUGAUCGUGGCAAUAGAUAUUCCCAAACUCAUCAAUGAAAAUGGCAUUUUUAGAGAGAAAAAAAAUAUCAGAAAAUCAUUAUUUUGUGAUUUAUUGAACUGUCUUCUUUGCAAAUGCAGGAAUGAAAUGUUAGUAUUUUAAUUUAACAUAAAAAUGAUCACAUGUGUAUUAUAUGUACAUGUAGUAUAAUUAUAUGUUAUUCACUCUUGUAACAUGCAUGUAUUACAAUAACAAAAUACAUAUUCUCUGUAUUAUGGAUCUAUAUAGUAUAUACUAGUACUUUUAUCUUGUUUGAUAUAAAUAUAUUCCCCCUCUCUUAUAUAUUUUACAUUUAUAAUCAGACUUUGAUCAGCAUAUAUAAUUUAGGUGCCAAAUCAUAAAGGAUGCAAACAAUAAAUAUAUCCAUUGUCCCGAAUGUUAUAUUAUCGGGGUAAAAUUCUUUAAAGAGGUUUUAUUGUUCAAAACAAUUAUAUAAAAUUACAUUUGUUUAUAGAAAAUGCCACGGAGUCCAAUUUAUAAAAAGAUUGCAUUAAUUUCACUUUUAAAAUGUUGUUUCUGUAAUGUUUAUGUGACACAAUUAAUUGUUUAUUAUACCCAGGGAUCAAUAAUUGAUCUUUAUGUUUAUUUUUUAUUUGUAGCUCUGUGAUAUAACAAUGAAGGUGUGUUGUUUUAUGUUUCAUAGUAACUUUGGGAGUUAAAAGUGCUAGAGAUAUGGUUUGAUUAAUAUUUUAUCUACGUAAUUAUGCUCGUGUUCAAAAUGAGUACUACAUGAUAUCGCGUGAAUAUCAUGAAUUUUCAAAGCAGUUAUAUAAGAUUUGUGAGAAAAAUGUAUUCUACCACUGCGUUGUUACCUUGUUGUUUACUAGCAAAUUAAAAAAGAUUAGUGAGCAUUAUUCUCAUUGUUUGCAGUAUCAUUUUUACCCAUCAAAAUACUUUGUUUAAUAUUUACUGGGAAAAAGUAAACAUGAAGCAUGAAUUUAUUUUUCAAAAUCCAGUGCAUGUACGAGAGUACGGGAGUUUUUUCUUAAACGUGGGGAUUUUCAUUUACUGCAGCAAUAGUAUAUGAAAAAUACACGUUUACUUAAAUCUUCUUGUAUUUUAUCAUUACGUUUAUAUGUAGAAAAAAAUGGAAUAGCAUACAUUUUGCAAAAAAAUUUGGUAAUAAUGUGGUAUGAAAUUCUAUUAGAAAACUUGAUGAUUCCUUUUCAAAAAUGUGUAUAACUGUAUUAUUUGUUUUACUUUGUAUCAUAAUUGAUUGUGUAUAACAAUAAACAUACAUGUACAUGUAAGUAAUAUCAGUAUAAGGUUUAUGUCUCGAAGGAACAUUAUGUUAUGAUACUGUUUAUUAAUAAAGUGCUACUUGUC